AUGCAGACGAAGACGAAGAAGACGAGUUUGCGUAAGAGGAUGAAGAAGAAUAGCGAUCCGCAAUCAGCCCGUUUUUGUGUUUUAAAUGGAAAAUUAUUAAGAGUUUAUGAAGAAAAUCCGUUCCUCAAUGGCGAAUUUCAACCGGGCAUUAACGUGCCGCAGGGCCCGGUUAAUGAUCCAGGCGAGUACGAAAACGGCAAUUCGCCGCCGAUCAUCGAGCCAAUUCAUGUGAAUCACCGUCCAACAAUCAGGCCCGUCCAGCCCAUCGGUCCAAUACUGCCUCCUGUGAAACCUCCUGUACAACCACCUGUAGUUCAACCUCCUUCACUACCACCAUCAUCAUCAAACGAUUUAUAUAAAUAUUGUCUUCACCCACGUGGAACAUUCCAAAGUCGUUAUUGUAAUGCUUUCGUAAACUGUUGGGACGGUAAUGUUGUUGAACAAUUUUGCGGAGCAACUUUAGUGUUUAAUCCCAAAGGAUUCUGUGAUUAUAUUUGGAAUGUUAACUGCAAUGGUAAACCAAUUAAAGAAAUCCCAGUAGUUUUGGGCGGUUCAAACGGUUGGCCAACAGAUGGCAGCUAUGUACCUCCAACAUCACCACCUUCAUUACCACCUGGUCCCAAACCAACAGUCAAACCUCCACCAAUACAAGCAGUGCCUCCAGUAAUUAUCGACCCGAUAAGACCUCCGUAUAGACCUAAUCCAGGUGGACCUAUUUAUACUAUUGAACCACCUGGAUUCGGAAAUCCUCCACAAGUUUCCACUCCAAGACCUGUUAUAUUACCACAUCCUACUACUACCACUACAACAACAUGGCGGCCGAUUGUAACGCAUCCAACACUGCCACCUGUUGUUACAUUCCCAACACCUGGAAAUCCUGAUUUGAAGAAAUAUUGUCUUCAUCCACGUGGCCAAUUUGCUGGACCUCAUUGUAAUAAGUUUAUUAAUUGCUGGGAUGACGUUGUAAUCGAACAAGACUGUCCAUAUGGACUUAACUUUAAUCCCAAUAAACAUUAUUGUGAUUUUCCUUAUAAUUAUCCUUGCAGGAUAUUUAAAGAUGCUGAUCAAUUCCAAAAUGAAUUUCAAGGAAACCAAUUGGGAUUUUAAACCAUAAAACAUCAUAAAAUAUCAUAAAACACUAAAACAACUUGAAAUCAACAAUUUUUUUUGACAAUUAAAAAAUUAAUUGUUGAUUUUGACUAUUCACUUCCAUACGUAAGUAAAUUUAAGUAACUUUAAAAUAAUUAUUCCUAUUUUUGUAUUUAAUUUGUUUAUUUGUUUAUUAUUGACUUAAUCAAUAUAUAUACGAAAACUUAAUUGUAAUAUA